AUGGUCCGCGAACAGGAACCUCCUCGGAACCCGCUCGCGCCCUCCAUGGGGAACACUGCGCCACCUCAGAAGCCCCAAGACCAGGGCAAAUCAAUCGGUCAGGACUCUGCGGCCGCUCUACAACCAGAAUUUGGCAAGCCAACCGCUCUUGGGGCUUCACCACAACUCUAUUCACGUACUCAGCCACUGGUCAGACCGACUGCCAAUGUAUCAGCACCUCGACAGGUCAGUGGCAGUCAAAAUGACAAGUACUCAAACCUUUUCGUCCCGGCGAAGAAGCCUACACAGCGCCCUGAACUCCAUAGACCCCAAAUCAACGGCACAAAUCCGUUACAAGCAUUCCGAGACAUCAAAAGCGGUAGCCACCAAUCUCACAAGCCUACUUUGUCCGCACCUACAUCCAACGAUGAUGACGAUGUUUUUGAAAUUCCCAGGCCGAGCAGCUUCCCUACGUGGCAACCUAGACCUAUUUCCCAGCCAACAUUCUCCUCUCAGACAUCUACGAAUCCUUACUAUCAACCUCAAAGCCUAAUUGACCUCACACUUGAGAAAACCGGAUUCGCUACAAACCGAGGCAUGCACGACCAGGAGCAAUUCUAUUCGUCCACAGACCCGUACACCUAUGUGGAUGCGGCCAAGGCAAACGAGAACAUUAAAGCCCUUCUUGAAGGAGCCUUCGAAGAUGAAGAAGAUCAAUCUCGAACAAGAAGACGAAAGAAAGCACUAGAAGCCAAGCUUGACAAAUUGACUGACAAAGUGAAGGGCAUGGAUGUCAACGGCGAAGACAAGAACGAAGACGUCGAAGAAGAGGAUGAAGACGAGGAUGAGGAUGGCACAAUCAAUGGCUUGAAAGUCAAGUUACUGCCUCAUCAGAUCGAUGGUGUGAACUGGAUGCGGGACAAAGAGACCGGUACCAAGAAGACCAGAGGAGUCCUGCCAAAAGGCGGCAUCCUCGCAGAUGACAUGGGUCUCGGAAAGACGAUUCAGUCAAUAGCAUUGAUGUUAACAAAUCCAAAGCCUAGCAAAGAGGAGCUUGAGAAGAGCAAGCGCAAGCUUCCGGAAGACAUCGGGAAAGGAACGCUUGUUGUGGCUCCCCUGGCUUUAAUCAAGCAAUGGGAAGGAGAGAUCAAGGAUCGGAUCGAAGAAGAACACGCGCUCAAAGUUUGUGUACAUCACGGACCUGGCAGAGCCAAGAGUUACAAGGACUUGAAGAAAUACGAUGUGGUGAUAACGACUUAUCACACUCUCUCGUCAGAACAUGCCGGAUCCGAAGGCAGUCUUAAAGUAGGAUGCUUCGGAAUCCAUUGGUAUAGAGUCAUCCUCGACGAAGCCCAUUCGAUCAAGAACCGCAAUGCAAAAGCCACGAAAGCAGCAAGUGCCCUGGAGUCUGAAUACCGCUGGUGUUUAACUGGUACACCUAUGCAGAACAACCUGGACGAACUGCAAAGUCUUAUUCAUUUCUUACGCAUCAAACCAUAUGACGACCUCAAUACCUGGCGCGAGCAGAUCACGAAGCCUAUGAACAAUGGCAGGGGUGGACUUGCUCUUAGGCGGUUGCAAGUAUAUCUGAAGGCAUUCAUGAAGCGAAGAACCAAAGACAUUUUGAAGCAAGAUGGCGCUUUGAAAUCUGGAAAAGGAAAAGAAACAGCGACUGGCAAGGGGCCGGGCUUCAAGAUAGUCGCUCGUACAGUGGAAAAAGUCGAAGCACAAUUUACGGAGCAAGAGCGUGAAUUCUACUCAAGAUUAGAGUCUAGAACAGACCGAAGUCUUGAAGCUAUGAUGGCUGGGAACAAGAUGAGCUACGCCUCGGCGUUGGUUUUGCUGAUGCGAUUGAGGCAAGCAUGCAAUCAUCCCAUGUUGACUGGUUCCGACCUGGCCAGUGAGAGAGAUGCCAUUAUGGGAAGCCAGACACCCAGCCGACAGAAAUCAAGCGCUGAUGAUGAUAUGGAUUCUAUCGCGAACAUGCUGGGCGGAUUGUCCGUGCAGACCAAGAGAUGCGACAUGUGCCAGACUGAACUAUCCGCAAGAGAGGCUUCCGGUGGGGCUAUUCGCUGCACCGAGUGUGAAACAGAUCUCGAGAAACAGAACAUUAAUGCCGAAGACAAAAAGCGAACAAAGCGAGAGAAACGAGUGAAAAAGGAGCGAAAGGCAAUACUGGCUCAGCGCACACAAGCUCGCCGUGUGAUCAAUGACAGUGACGAUGAGGAUAGCGACCAGCCAGAAGAUAAGGUUGGGGAGGAAGAAAUCUCAGAUGACGACUACUCCUCUGAAGGCUCUACCACGUCUCCCGAGCCCAGCAUCAUGCAAUCUGCAAAGAUCCGCCACCUGAUCCAGAUUCUCAAUGAAGACGCGCACAAUCACAAAUACAUUGUCUUUUCGUUCUUCACCUCCAUGCUCAAUCUGAUUGAGCCAUUUCUCAAAGCAAACCGAAUUCGAUAUGUUCGAUAUGAUGGACAAAUGCGCAAUGACGCCCGAGAAGCAAGUCUUAACUCGCUCCGUAACGACCCUUCAACACGUGUGCUCCUCUGCAGUCUGAGAGCGGGAUCUUUAGGCUUGAAUCUGACCGCUGCCAGUCGAGUGGUAAUUCUUGAACCGUUCUGGAAUCCCUUUGUCGAAGAGCAGGCCAUUGAUCGGGUGCAUCGACUGAAUCAAACCAUAGACGUGAAGGUGUACAAAUUCACAAUCAAAGAUACAGUUGAAGAGCGAAUCUUGGAACUUCAGGAAAAGAAGCGUGAACUAGCAAACGCCACGAUCGAAGGCAAGAAGGGCGGCAUGAAGCUGACGCUGCAGGAUAUGAUGAACUUGUUUGGGCGCGAUGCCGAACGAGAGCAUCCUGUCAAUGUUAACGAAAUUGGAGGAAAUGCUGAUGGCGCUGGUCCACGGGGACGAGGAUUGCUAGAUCCCAGCUCUGGGGCAAGCCAGCCUUCUCCCGCUGAUAUCUCUGGAGUGUCCAGAUCCUCAACAGUGUCAUCGACCACUUCGUCUAUUCACGCUCCAUUGCCAGCUAGGGAUAGAGAGAGGGACAGAGAGAGGGACAAAGAGCGUUACGGUGCGCACAAGAAGCCUCUACGAAACGAAUACGAGAUGUAUGGGCGGAGAUGGUGA